AUGAGGCUCGUAAAGAAGACGUUUGGAUUAUCUCUACGUUCCAGAAUACGAGUAAGAUGAUGCUGUAGUUUAACAAAGACUUGCACACGCAAGUGUGCCGACGCCCCGAAGUAAUCAUGCGUGCCAAUAUGGCGUUCAUUAUUAGCUACGUUGCUAAGCCCAAAAUUUCUUUUCAUCAUUCUUCAAUAUCCUUUGAUUGGAUUCGCAUCGAGAAUGUCAUUCAGUCCGGACCAGGAGAUGUUGCUAUGGAAGUACGAGCCGGUGUCCCGCAGUGGGACACCGUCCUUAGAAAUUGAUGAUGAUUGGCCUUUAUUCGAAGAUCAGUCUGUAGAAGCUUCUAACAAUGCUGUGGAAGCUGUUAUGUAUGAAGACCAUCCCUCCCGUGCACAAGUAGCAAAACAGCUUUUAGAAAAAUUAGACGAAUGGAUUAAAGAAGAACCCUUCUCAGAUUGGUUGGAGGAAAAGAUAGACCUGCCCAUAUUUGAACAAAUAUCUCUUUCUGAAAAUCAAAAUAAAUCACCGCUGUCGCCAGUUUACACCUCCGUUGUCUAUCCGAUUGUAACAAAGACAUUGCCGCAACAGCAGCAGCAAGAACAACAACAUGAUAACACACAAACUCUCUUGCAGGAAUUCGAAACUGUUUUAGGUGACGUUGAAGCUUGUCAUCAGAUCGUUCCGCCAACCAGUUCAACGCUUACUCCUCCACAAUCACCCCCGCAUAAAUCGGUCAAUGUGGACACACAGCUGCUAGUCACUCUGCAGCCUAUGCAAUCGUUUACCAACAAUCAACCGAUAUAUAACAUAAUUCCAACAGAGCAAUCACUAUACGUGAGCAAUAUAUCGCGUCAGUGGAAUACUGACAACAUAGACUCGCUAAGUCCGCUUGGCGGGGAUGUUGCGAACGAGUUAGCAGUGGUGGACGAAUACGUUCGCUCGCACACCAAGGAUAUACCGUCUCCCAUAAGCCCAUGCAGCUCCAAUAGCAGUUCGACCGAUGAUUCCAUUGACGAUCCUGAUUGGAGUCUCGAAACCGAGAAGAGAACUAGCCUGAAGCAAACAGUUCACGAUUCUUCGAAACAUCGCCAUAAGCCGUAUUCUCGAUCGUCUCUUGAGGACAAGAAGGUGCGGAAAAAAGAACAAAAUAAGAACGCUGCCACGCGUUAUAGACAAAAGAAGAAACAAGAGAUCAAGGAGAUACAAGGAGAAGAACGUGAAUUGAUGGAGCACAACGAGGAGUUAAAAGAAAAGAUGAAGAACUUGCAACAGGAGAUAAAAUAUCUGAAGGGAUUUAUGAGGGAUGUGUUUAAAGCCAAGGGUGUUCUUGAAUAAUCGCAUUCGUUCAAAAUCCUUACCGCCGUACGACAUAAUCUUCUAAUAGUUUUAUUUUUUAUUUAGGUAUAAGGAAGAUUGCAGCAACAAAAGUUUAAACUCUCAAAAGUAUUUUUAGAUAUAAUUUUUUUCUUAUUUUCUUUAUAUAAAUAAAAAAUUAAAUAUUGCAAGAUAUCACUAUAUGAGGAGGUCAGAAAGAGUUCCUCCUGGCUGUAUUUAUGACUUCGCGGCGAGACGUUUACUUACUAAUAUGGAUUCGAGGUCUAGAAUCUAGUCUUAACACCAGUGAAACAUCAGACAUUUUUCUCAUCCUCUUUUUUACAGUUUAUUUAAAGGCAUGUAACAAUCAUAUAAUAUCAAUUAUAUUUAAUCUAAGUACUAGAUUAUCCUAAAUAAUCGAUGAUCUAUGAUGCUCCGUGAUUCAUGCUGCCUCGAUCUUCCUUAUAUUUGUUAAUUUUAUUUUUAGAUAAUUAUUUUUCUGUCACUAACUGUGUUUUAUAAUUGUACUAAUAUUUAUAAUAGUAUUCACUAUUGUUUCAUGUUAUCAAUUUGUGUGAUUUUCUUAACAAGUAUUUUACAUGUAUACGUAAUAACUUAUCCGCAGCGUUUUGCAGAAAAUCUACAGAUAUAUCUUUUAGAAUAAAGUGUACAUCCUAAGAACGGAAUUCCAUCAACGUUGGGAGACGCGGUGCGUUAGAUAAUGUGUGUGGAAAUUGUCGAGAGUGCUACUAUUUUGAAGUUCUAAUCAGCAGAAAUAAGAAAAAAGUUCUAAUCAGCUCGCUCAUGCACAUUCCACCACUUAUCUAUCGCACCUCUCAGAUGCGAAUCUUUUCAUUCCGAUUAAUUUUUAUUCUUUAUUGCAUAGCUAUACUUUCAUACGGCAAGUUAUGUAGCAAACAAAAUAAAUGGGUUCAAUUAAA